UUCGUUUGUAAACAAUUCAACAGCGAAAGAUAAAUAAUAAUGCAAAAUUUGCAACAUAUGCGUUGGUUGUCUGCAGUAACCACGAAAAUCUUUAUACGCAGCGCCAGCAAGAGUACUAAAUACGCCAUGGCUGGCAAUUCGUUAGUGCACAACGAGCUGCAGCGUUAUGUAAACCCCCGCGCUCGUAUAAAUGUCAAAUCAGAUAUUUAUUUGCAUGUGGAGCCAGCGGAUGUUCAUGUGUACACCGGCGGAGAUGUGUUUAUAGCCCAGCUUGUAGGCGAAGCUGUGGAUAAUUGCACUGCAUCGAUGGAAGUCGAUAUAAGCAAUGAGGACAAGCUUGUAAAUGUGGUGGUUAAGAAACUAGCGCAGCAAUCACGUUUCAAGUGCUCCUUGAAGAUACCUGUGCAGGCUGAGAUGCAUAUCGAGGCACAAGGCAAUGUAUGUGUGAAGAACAUACAAAGUGAGGCAUUGCAGGUGCAGGCUGCUGGCAACAUUGUCACUAAAAAUGUGCGUGCCACAAAUAUUAAUCUUAAAAGCGAGAAUGGCAAUAUCAAAUGCGAGGGCACCUUACUGGGCAAGUGCACAGAAAUUGAAACACACAAUGGCAACAUCUAUAUGGAGAAGCUGCAAGGAGAUAGGUUGACGUGCAGCACAAAGGCAGGUAACAUUAAUACUGAUUGUUGCUAUGUCGAUCAGUCAAAGUUUGAGACUACAACAGGACAAUUAGAGCUCAAAAAUGUGCAUAAGCAUAGCGAAGUGCAUGUUCAUCAAGCGGCCGAUAUUAAUAUGACUGGCGUGCAUGGCAGUCUUAACGUCAACUCGAAGGGUGGGAGCAUACAGCUACAGUUAUCCGAGCUAAUGGGCAAGAGCAGCAUUAACGUGGAGAAUCUUAAGAACGAGGCCAUUAUUAAUAUAUCCGAAGCCAUUGAGAAUAGUACUAACAUAGCAGUAAAGGCUUGUCAGGUUAGCUUGGCUAGCGAAUUAGAGCAUGUGUCGCAUGCUUUGAAUGCAGAUAAAAACGCAUUUGAGCUCAACAAUGAGCAUCAGCACCAUUUGCACGUUUGUAGCACAGGCGAGCAUGGUGUGCGGCUGGGCAAACAAUCGUGGACUGAUAUAAUGCGUGAAACAAUGAAAAUUAUGGCGGAAAAGAAAUAAACGGAAUUGGAGAGCCCAAGCAUAAAACACACAGAGAUCCAUUGGUUUAUUUCGUAUUGUUAUAUAAGAUAUAUGUGUAUGUUUAUAUUAUAGUUAUGUAUUAUGCAU